AUGCAAGAACGAGGUCUCAUUAGAUCAAGCACUAGUCCCUGGUCAUCACCAAUUGUGUUAGCGCCGAAAAAGGAUGGAAAUUAUCGGUUUUGUGUAGAUUUUCGUCGGGUAAAUUCGGUGACGAAGAAGGAUGCGCAACCAAUGCCACGAAUCGAUGACAUUCUCGAUCAGUUGGGCGGAGCAAGAUGCUUUAGUACACUUGAUCUUGCAUCUGGCUAUUGGCAGGUUGCGUUACGAGAGGAAGACAGGGAGAAAACAGCGUUCUCGGUUGGGGUGAACCAUUACGAGUUUACAGUCAUGCCUUUUGGUCUGACCAACGCUCCUGUCACUUUCCAACGUAUGAUGAGCACCAUCCUUAAGGUAGUGAAAGGAUGUCUAGUUUUCUUGGAUGACAUCAUCAUAUUUGCUGAUACGUGGGAGGAACAUCACCUUAUUCUCGAGGAAGUCCUUGGACGUAUUCGGGCAGCUGGUCUGAAACUCAAAAGGGAGAAGUGCCAGUUUGGGAAAUCGUCGGUAAAGUUUCUUGGUCAUGUUGUGUCUGCUCAAGGUACGGAGCCUGAUCCCGAGAAGGUGAAAGCAGUGCAAGAUUUUCCAACCCCAACCUCAGCGAGUGAAGUUCGGUGCUUUUUAGGCAUGGCGUCUUACUACCGGCGCUUUGUCAACAAUUUUGCAAGUAUCGCCGCCGCUCUUCAUGACCUCACAAAAGGUCAACCGGAAUUCUGCUGGUCACCUCAGGCUGACAAGGCUUUCACCACUUUGAAGCAUCACCUUUGCUCUUCACCAGUCCUCGCCUUGCCAAAUUUUUCUAUACCUUUUACCAUCUACACGGACGCCAGCGAUGUGGGCCUGGGUGCGGUAUUAGCCCAACGCAUUGGCAGUCGAGAACAUGUUAUUGCCUAUGCCAGUCGCGCUUUAACAUCCACAGAAAAAAAACUAUUCAACUACUGA